GAAAGAAUUCAGCUUCUAGCGAGAAAGUUACCUGUGGCCGCCCAAGUCCGCCACUUUCCGCUCUGUGUCUGCCCAUUGCCACGAUCCAGCAGGACUCCGCGCCGCCCGGCCGCCUCCGAGCGCGGGCCCCAUGUGAGGGCCCCCCCUUAUCCCACCUUUCCGGCUAGGUGAGGGCGCGAGCGAGCGGGCGAGCGAGAGUGGUGAGGGGGGACGAAAAGCAGAAUUACCUGUAGCUCUUGUUCUGCCAUCUCGGGCGCUCUCACACACCUUCACCUGCACAGACUUGAAAGUCCAGUUUCACCAGAAGGCUGAGGCUCCAGGAAAAGGGGAGCGAGUUCAUUGGAUCAAACAUGUCACAAGAGUCGGACAACAAUAGAAGACUAGUGGCCUUAGUGCCCAUGCACAGUGACCCUCCAUUCAAUACCCGAAGAGCCUAUACCAGUGAGGAUGAAGCCUGGAAGUCAUACCUGGAGAAUCCCCUGACCGCAGCCACCAAGGCAAUGAUGAGCAUUAAUGGUGACGAGGACAGUGCUGCUGCCCUCGGCCUGCUCUAUGACUACUACAAGGUUCCUCGGGAGAAGAGACUGCUGUCUGUGAGCAAAGCAAGUGAUAGCCAAGAAGACCAGGACAAAAGAAACUGUCUUGGCAUCAGUGAAGCCCAGAGUAACUUGAGCGGAGGAGAAAACAGAGUGCAGGUCCUAAAGACUGUUCCAGUGAACCUCUGCCUAACUCAAGACCAUGUGGAGAAUUCAAAGCGGGAACAGUACAGUGUCUCCAUCACUGAGAGCCCUGCAGUCAUCCCGGUGUCAGGCAUCACUGUGGUGAAAGCUGAGGAUUUCACACCGGUGUUCAUGGCUCCCCCGGUGCACUAUCCCCGUGGAGAUGGCGAGGAGCAGCGUGUGGUUAUCUUUGAACCAACCCCGUAUGACCUGCCCUCCAUAGCCAGCCAUAGCUCCUAUCUCAAAGACGACCAACGCAGCACCCCUGACAGCACGUACAGUGAGAGCUUCAAAGAUGGAACCACAGAGAAAUUCCGGAGUACAUCUGUUGGGGCUGAAGAGUACACAUAUGAUCAGACAGCAAGCGGCACAUUUCAAUACACCCUGGAAGCUACCAAAUCUCUUCGUCAGAAGCAAGGGGAGGGCCCCAUGACCUACCUCAACAAAGGACAGUUUUAUGCCAUAACGCUCAGCGAGACUGGAGACAAUAAAUGCUUCCGACAUCCCAUCAGCAAAGUCAGGAGUGUGGUGAUGGUGGUCUUCAGUGAAGACAAAAACCGAGAAGAACAGCUAAAAUACUGGAAAUACUGGCACUCCCGGCAGCACACAGCGAAGCAGAGGGUUCUCGACAUUGCCGAUUACAAGGAGAGCUUUAACACAAUUGGAAACAUUGAAGAGAUCGCAUACAAUGCUGUUUCCUUCACCUGGGAUGUAAAUGAAGAGGCAAAGAUUUUCAUCACUGUGAACUGCUUGAGUACAGAUUUCUCCUCCCAAAAGGGUGUGAAAGGACUUCCUUUGAUGAUUCAGAUUGAUACAUACAGUUAUAAUAAUCGCAGCAAUAAACCCAUUCACAGAGCGUAUUGCCAGAUCAAGGUCUUCUGUGACAAGGGAGCAGAAAGAAAAAUCCGAGAUGAAGAGAGAAAGCAGAACAGGAAGAAAGGGAAAGGCCAGGCCUCCCAAAGCCAGUGCAACAACUCCUCUGAUGGGAAGUUGGCCGCCAUACCUUUACAGAAGAAGAGUGACAUCACCUACUUCAAAACCAUGCCCGACUUGCACUCGCAGCCCGUGCUCUUCAUUCCAGAUGUUCACUUUGCAAACCUGCAGAGGACCGGACAGGUGUAUUAUAACACAGACGAUGAACGAGAAGGCAGCAGUGUCCUCGUUAAACGGAUGUUCAGGCCCAUGGAAGAGGAGUUUGGUCCAACACCUUCUAAGCAAAUUAAAGAAGAAAACAUAAAGCGAGUGCUUUUGUAUGUGAGGCAGGAGAAUGAUGAUGUGUUUGAUGCGCUGAUGCUGAAGUCACCCACAGUGAAGGGCCUGAUGGAAGCGAUAUCUGAGAAGUAUGGGCUGCCCGUGGAAAAGAUAACAAAGCUUUACAAGAAAAGCAAAAAGGGCAUCCUGGUAAACAUGGAUGACAACAUCAUCGAACACUACUCCAAUGAGGACACCUUCAUUCUCAACAUGGAGAGCAUGGUGGAAGGCUUCAAGAUCACGCUCAUGGAGAUCUGAGCCCUGGGCUUGCAUCAUCGGCAGGAGCUUUCAGUGCACUCCUUCCUGGGAGAGAUGAGAGACCCAUCUCACCCAUCUCACAACUGCUGUUACAAGACUGUUGGGAAGUGGGUUAGGGCCUAAGGCCCAGUGACCGUCAAUAGGUUUGACACCACCUGCUGCCCCAUGGAACUAAAGCCUGAGCCCCUCAGCAAGUUGCCUUGGGCCUGUUGGGCCCUUAUUUAUUGCCCACCUUUUUCAGGAGUCUGGAGUCUAGGCCCUCCAGGACUUUACAGGUCACUGCUGGCUCCACAUGAGACCUCGAGUUCCCCCCUCCCCCAAGGGAAACACAGCCAGCCCAAUCAUCUCAAAGAGCCUGGACAAUGUAUGUCAUCUUUCUUACCUGCUCACAUCUCUUGAGUGGAUGGACAAAGUGAGCUGCUUUGUGCUACAGUCUUCACAGAAGGGGCAAGAAGAAGAUACCCCUUUAAUAGCCCCAAACCUUCAGGUUGCUCUGGGAAUGGUCAUUUUUGCUAAAUACCUCCAGGGGAUCCCAGCAAGUAGCUACCGGGUAUUGUACAGGAAGACAUUCAGCUACCAUGUCAGUGAGGAGGAACACAAACUAUGUUGGACUGUGUACAUAGUGUUUAUAAUAUUGCAAUAAUAUAUUUUAUCUGUGGUGUGUGGGCAUGUUUACUGCCAGUGGCCUGGAGGAGACACAUAACUUGGAGACCUGUUCAGAAUACAAGGAUAGCUAGGAAAGUGACCUUUGGGGUGACAUGUGACUGUGGUGAAUGCCAUGAUGUACUUCUCCAUUGGACAUACCUGAGGACUUGUUUCCCUAUCUCCAGACAUGCUUCUUUUCAGGAGCAUGACUCUCCCUUGUGACCAACAUGUUUAUAUGGUGGUGAUAUGUUGGCUGAACUCUGAGCUGUUUGGUGGGAAAGGCUGUAUUGUGGGAGAUACAGCUCCAGUUGGUGUAGGGCUGCCAGAGUUUUCUGGAAAGUCUCUAUAGGGGUUGUUGCUGGGGCCUGCUGCUUGGCGGUCAUGAGAAUCCUGGACACCGUAGUGCCUCACAGUUUACAAGCACAUCCUUCAUCUCACGUGGCCUCUUUGACAACCCAACUGCAGCACCGAGGGCCUCUCCAACAGUUCAGCUGUGAGUUGCAGGCAGCACUUCCUCCUGUUCCUGAAGACCGGAAGAGGAGGGGUUAUCUUCCCAUACCUCUGCACACUCGGUUUUGACAGAGAAAGCCCUGUAAGCUCUGGCCCUUCUAAAACCAGUUUUAGGCUGGGAGAUCAAAGGCCGCAUCCUCUCGCUCCUUGCCCUGGGAGAUAAAGGAGAAAACUGUUUCUCUGAACCGUCGCAAAAAGAUGCACCACUGUGUACCACUGUUCUCUUUGAGAGUACAGGUAGUUGGUUAAGGGAUUUGGGUGUGGCCUGGUAGGCUGAGCACCAGAGUUUGGGUUGCCGGGCACAUCCCACAGCAAGGCUGGAUAUGGGUGGGGUUCCAUGUAAGGGUCCAGAUUUAUUUGUGAAGCACUUUGAUGUCUUACCUGUAGGGCCUGCUCUCUGGGCUCCUGCCUUCCAAUCCCACCUGCCCCUGAAGGCCAGAGCAGAAGAGAAGGCUGCCUUUAGACCAACUGUUGCUCCCUGAAGCUGCAGAGAAAUUGAAUGGGAUGAAGAGUUGAUGCCAUACCCAAGAGCAUCCUAAGGGAUAAUACAGGCAAUCUUCUGAGACACGUCUGGACUUGUUACCCUUACAUGUGGUGCCAAAGCUUUGCAUCGUAGGCUCGGCUCUGCUCCAGGCUCCCUUCCUUCUCCAUUUGAAACACCACUUGUUGAAUCAGCAGCCGGGUGGCCAUCUUGGGUACUAAUGGGUCUCUGUUCUAAGAUGGACAAACUCAGUAUUGGAAUUCUUGCUCUAUGCACUGCCCAUACUCCUUGGGUUAGGAUAAGUUCCAAACAUGAUUGGCAGACCUAACACGUGGGCACAGGAUUCCAGAGUUGGGGAAAGACAAAUUUGUAGUGGCCUGACUGCAACUCCUCUCUCCAGUGUCUUUGGAAAAUAGUUGGUCUUGCUCUAAAGCAGAAGACAAACUAGAGAUACCUUUGCUUUUGUCUUAAGUCCCUAAGCAAUCAUUGUGAUGGCCAUUGCCACCAAAGGGUGGUACAGGAUCAGGCCCACCUCUCUCUGCACUCUUGGAGUGCUCCUGGCAGACUUCCAUGUGUCUGUCCCUCACUGUGUUAGCAGAGCUUUGCUGAGCAACAUUUCCUGAGCGUAAAAUACUCCAGAAAGAUGCCUCCUUUUUUUAAUCCCUUGAAUUAACUUACCCAGAUAAACUUUUUUUGUGUGUAAUAUGUAAAAGAUGGGGACGCAUGAAGCAAGUGUUUUCCUUAUUGGUCCCCACAUCCUUUAAACUUCCCUGGUGUUUAAAAUUGGAACCAACAGAAAUAAGCAAUGGGGUGCCAUCUUGGAAUUGCUCCUAAAAGACUAAGGCACGUCCCAACCCAGAAACCUGGAAAGCACAAAAUGAAUCAAAACGUUUAUUUUCCUUUAUAUUUAAAAGUCAUGAAAAUGAAACAGAAAAAGAGGGUUUGUGCCAAAUUCUAAGAAUGGCCCUUUCUGAAAAGACAAGCAAAGGGAGACUGAUAUAUCUACUCCCACAUUAAAAAAAAAAAAAAAAA